CACUUCAGAGCAAAAUAUAUAUAUAUAUAUAUAUAUAUAUAUAUAUAUAUAUGUGCGCAUAGCUUUGACUUGCUUUAUGAUUUCAGUGUAUUACUUACAGUGAAUUUGGUUACAUCUCGAGAAACUCAGAUAUGAACUCCCAAACAGUUAUCGAAUUUUUAAGUUGCGUUCCUUUCCUUCAGAGACUCCCAGGAUCUUCUCUCAAAAAAAUCGCCCAAUUGGUUGCCUUUAAACACUACGAUCAAGGCCAGUAUAUUCUUCGUGAAGGGGAAGCUGGGGAUGGACUUUACUUUAUAUGGGAAGGGGAGGCUGAAGUUUCUAGUUCGGUGAACAAUGAUGAUGACGACAAUCGUCCUGAGUUCCAGUUGAAACGAUAUGACUGUUUUGGUCAUGGUACGGCAACAUCUGAUCAACAGGCAGAUGUGAUGGCAUUGUCUAAGCUGACCUGCUUAGUGCUGCCCCAUGAGCAUCAUAAUUUGCUGCAGCCAAAAUCAAUCUGGAAUGCAGAUAAGACACUUGACAAAUGUUCAUUUGUGGAGCAGAUAUUGCACUUGGACCCAAUAGAAGUGAAUAUUUUCCAAGGGAUUACCUUGCCAGAUGCUCCACAUUUUGGAAAGGUGUUUGGUGGACAAUUUAUUGCACAGGCACUGGCUGCAGCAUCAAAAACUGUUGAUUAUCUCAAGGUUGUCCAUAGUUUGCAUGCUUACUUCCUUCUCGCUGGUGACUUAAACAUGCCAAUCAUUUAUCAAGUCCACCGAGUUCGUGAUGGGAACAGCUUUGCUACUCGAAAAGUAGAUGCAGUACAAAAAGGGAAUGUCGUAUUCACAUUGCUUGCUUCAUUUCAGAAAGAAGAACAAGGGUUUGAUCAUCAGCAAGCGAUUAUGCCAUCAGUGCCAAAUCCAGAAGUGCUUUUAUCAAUGGAAGAGUUGCGGGAGAAACGUCUUACUGAUCCUCGCCUUCCCAAGACAUACCGAAACAAAGUUGCCACUGCAAAGUUUGUACCUUGGCCUAUAGAGAUAAGAUUUUGCGAUCCUGGUACUGCCACCAAUCAAACUAAAUCUCCUCCAAGUUUGAGGUACUGGUUUAGAGCAAAAGGAAAGCUUUCAGAUGAUCAGGCUUUGCAUAGAUGUGUAGCAUCGUACGUAUCAGAUCUAAUAUUUCUUGGAAUAAGUUUGAAUCCUCACCGUAGAAGGGGUUUGAAGGCAACUUCUGUUAGUCUGGAUCACGCGAUGUGUUUCCACAGGUCGCUUAGAGCUGAUGACUGGUUGUUGUUUUCGAUGAUCAGUCCUUCUGCCCAUAAUGCACGAGGUUUUGUUGCAGGCCAAAUGUUUAAUAGGAAGGGAGAGCUUGUUGCAUCAGCAACUCAAGAGGGCCUAAUAAGGCCAGCAAAAAAACCAAAUUCUGCUGUCAAAUCGAAGCUUUAACAGGGUCUUCAGGAUAAUUGUGAUAGGGUUCUGUUGAACUUUUCAUGAAUGAUCGAAUAAACCCGAAUAUAAGUCUAUUAUUUCUCACCAAGGUGGGACUUGAACCCCGCGACCUCAGGUACCAUUUCCCACUAUGCUGUGAGGCCAAUGUUUGAAUAAUUCUUAUAGAGUCGGCGUGAUCUUUUCUUUUGCCUCCGUGUUUACCAUGCAUCAGCAUUUCUUCUUGUAGACGUUAGCAAUGUAAUUGAUUAAUAUGUUGUUCA